AUAUCGCCCAUUUUUUUGAGAGAUGGCAUUUUCAAAAUUUGUAAGUCAACAAAAUCUACGAUCCCUUAACAGGGAUUUUUCAUUUUUACCCCCUCCUCUCUUCGAGAGACGGAGUUUUUGUUUAAUUGCAUGGCGGUCAUUAUUCCACCCCCCGUGGGUGCGUAAGCUGUCCGGCUCGGCUGUGCUGGAAUUCUUUUUUUCGCCAUGGAUGAAUCUUCGGAGGGCAGAUUUUGAGAAGUAUGACUCCAGCGGCAUCCCACUCCCGUGUUAAAAAAUGAUUUUUGUUACAUUCUCUCUCCGUUCCUGUUUUCUCGAAAGCCUUUUUUAUGAUACGCCAAAUGUGAUUUUAAGAAGUUGUCCAUGUUACGAUGUCCUCCACUAAUGCCUAUCCCAUUUUCAAUCAUGUGCCAGAAAUUAGUGUGCUGAUGAUAUAGCGUUUUUGUGAUAGUGCUCCUCGAUGUGUUGUUCAAAAUAAAAUAAACAAGGAAUUUAUAGUGCCUCUCAAGUGUUUUCCCUUCAUUUUGAUGUCAUUGACUCCUACUUUAGGUACCUGUUCAGCUUACUUCUGAUAAACUAUCAAUUAUCCUGGUUGGUCGAGAAGGGUUAUUGUCCUGAAUUGCAUUGACUUACGCAUAAAGAGUGGGGGCGAAAUGGUUUCUAUGGAAACUCACACAAAACUUGGUGCUUCAGAUGAGAGCAUGGUGGUCCUGGAGUACUACCCUCGCUUUUAUGGAAUAUUUAUAAAUUUAUUUCUUAUUAUUUGUUUUUAUGAAGUCGAAAGUACAAUACUUCAAGGUGAAUUACGAACCAAUAAGAACUGGGCUUUCUUGGCGAGAUUUUGUUUCUUAUCUGAAUUUGGAAGGUUUGAGUAUACCAUAGAUUAUCCAAAAGCUUUUAAAACGCAAAACAUUUUAUUGUACUUCGAUGAAAAAAAUCAGUGGCCUGCAGUGUAUCAAAAGAAUAAGACAUGUAGAGAGAAAGAAUCCGUAUUAAUUAUUGAAAAUGGUCAGGUGAUCUACUUGAAUGAAUCCACCUUUCGUUCUGGAUGCAUUGACCACCCCGAAGAGGGCAAAAAAGACUGGCUGCGAUGCCACAACGAAAGGACAUUCGAGUCCAGAAGGGAAAGAUAUUGGUUCAUAGCCAUCAGCAAUUGUGAUGCGAAAAAUGUGAGAUUUAUUUAUUUAUACAUAAUAUUUGUUUAA